AUGGCGACUCGCUCGCCGUUCGCCUUCUCAUGCGGCCAGGAGAAUCAGUACGGCCUUCGACUGGCGGAUCUGGUGAACACUUGGAACGAGGACCGAUUCACGCUUUUCGAAGCGCGAAAGGACCUGGACACCCGGAAGAUGCUCCGGGAAGAGCUGGCCGCCACACGCCCGGACACUCCCAGGCACAGUGCAGGCACAUCUGCACGUGGCGAGCUUCGCGAUGAGUCGCUGAGCACCUUGCAGAUCUUGCAGUCGAUUCUCUUGGAGUUUCGGGCCCUCACGCCCUUGCCGCACUGCGAUCACUGUGGCGCCUUGGGUCGUGUGGCCAUCAAUCAGGAGGAUCUCACUGAGCUGGUCAGGGGUCAUUUGUUGAUGGACCGCUCCAACUCGCGGAGUAACACCAGCCCAAUGGAGACCAGUCUGCCUGAACCGCGGUCAGAGACCAAGGCUUUGCAGCCGCUGCUGACCGAGCUCACCACAGCCUUUGGGGAGAUGCAGCAAGCGUUGAAAGGGAGCGCCGCGUUGGUGGAGGAGGUCCGCCGCGCCCGCGCCGAGCCACCUCCGCGGUCUGCGCCCGCGGCGCCGCCCGCGGCGGCGCCCGCGCCGGCAGAGAGCGCGGAGACCGGGGCGACGAGGCUAUUCCCAGAGCUUGAUGCAGAGUUGGUCUUGCAGGACUUGCGACAGAUCAAGGACUUAGUGGCACAGAAUAGCACGGUGGCCCUGACAGCUGAAGUUCAGGCCCUGAAGGAGGCGCUGAAUGAGGUGCAGCAGAAGUCCGAAAAGGACUCCCAGACCUUGUUGCGGAACAUGGAGCGCCUCUCAGACGUCAUCUCCGCCGAGCGGAUGGCCGCUGCACGGGAGGCGGCGGAGAGCAUGCCGGCGACCCAGCAGAAUCAGAAAGCGAUUCUGAACACCUUGCAGCAAGUCAGUGAGCUGAUCAGCGUGGACCACACCGCACAGGUGCAGGAGGCGCACUCCAUGCGGCAAUCGGUGACCUCUUUGGACUUGGAGCUCAAGAGACUCCAGGACUCCGUGCGGAGCUCGCUGGAGAAGUCCAAUGAGGAGCUCCUGGUGAAGAUGAAGGACCUGGAAGAGUCCUUGACCGUGAAACAUCAAGAAGCCGAGCAAAAGUCUGCGGAACGCUUAGACCUUCAUCACCAGAAGGUGGAACACAUCCAUGAAAAGGCUGACCGACACUCCUCUGCCGUUGAUGAGCUCAAGCAGGAGGUGUCACAAGUGAAAGACCAGCUGGUGGAUUGCAAUGAGAAGCUGCAGAAGGCGCCAAAGCAGGCGCAGCUGACAGAAGCAGUGCGACGGACCUUUGAGCAGAUGUCCACGAAGUUUCAUCAGGAAUGCGAGAAGCUCUACAUGCGACCCAGUUUCCAGGUGAGCUUUCCAGAAGCCUUGAGCCAGGAUGUCAAGGACAUCAAAGAUGGAAUCGAGCUGGAAAGGGCUCAGCAUACUGAACAAGUGGCCAAGUCCCAGGCCGAUCUGGGCCGCCUGGAGCAGGAGCUGCGACGCACAGAGCAGGGCGUGGCGGGCCUGGACAGCACGGUGAAGAGCUCGGUGGUCUCGGAACUUCAGCACCUGCAAGACAUCUUCGCCAUGCUGGAAGGGAACUUCUUGAUGGCCCUCCGAAAGCAGCUGGACAAAGCAACAGCGGCUUUCAGCAGCACGCAAGCUCAGUUUCGAUCUUCUUUGAAGCACGACUUAGAGCACACUUUGAAGGACUCAAAGGUGGUGUCGGCUCACGGAGAAGUGAGCGGGAAGCCAUCCCAGCCAGGGUUCUUGCAUGGCCCACGGGUGAUCGAGUUGGCCUUCAUGAUGUUGACUCUACUGGAGUUGGCGAUGCACAUGACCAACGCCUUUCUAGAGCUGAAGAACUCUGAGCGCUUCCUCCUUGCCUUGGCGGCCGUGCUAGGGCCCUGUUUGUUGAACUCGGUGGUGAUCCUGCUCUUUGUGAACUUCUUGGUCCAUGAGCUUGGGAGGUGGAUGAAUGCGAACUGGAGCCAUGCUCAAAGGCUUUUAGCCUUCUCAAUCUUGAGGCCCGACUGGCUGCGCUUCUUCGCGCUCUACGCACCCAGCCUGCGCAGCACCUGCGGACCCUGGGAGCGGCGCUACUGGGAGGAGGUGCUGCAAGCACGGACCACCGAAGUGGAGCAGGAGUGUGAUGAGUUGAGACUGGCACUUCAGAACGCCCGUAAGGCGCGAAGCAAAGUGCUCAUCACGGAGGAGGAGGAGGUCCUUCCCGACGAGGAGGAGAGACCCGAGGUGCCGCUGCACCGGGAGGAAGCGCUCCAUGGAGCUGCUCCGGAAGAAGGAACGGAAGGCGACGCUGUGGUCCCCGUGGACGUGGGCGCGGGUCCUGUCGCGCUGGACGGGCACACCGACGUGGCGGUGGACGUGGUGCCGGGUGGCGCGGAGGAGGCGCCACAGGCAGUGAUCGAUGCUGUGCAGCAAAUCAUGAGGCGGCCCUGCGACAGCGGACUCAGCGGAGCCAGCCCGAGAGGACCCAAGCCGGUGCUCCGCAGCCGCGAAUGGGAGAAUUGGCUCCGGACGCAUUCAACCAUCGGCCGGACGGAAGUCGGCGAGGAUCACCGGGACGGAGACGGCAAGCUCUUUGAGCCUUCAGGUCGCUGCCCGCAGGUCUAUGGAGUGGUACCCGAUCCACCCAGUCAAGGGGAGCCCACGCGAUCGGUCUUGAAGCCCGGACAACUGCGGCACAGCUGCCUCCUCUGUGGCAUGUCACCUGGUCGGUUGGAGAAGAAGGAGGUUUGGCAGUACAAGAGAGUGAUUUGUCUUGCCACCUUGAUCUCAGCGCUCUACAACGAUCUUCCCAAGGUGCUCUUGUGCAUCUGGCUGCUGCCCACCAAUGAGAGCCUGGAAAGCUGGUUCUUGCGCAUCGCCAUCGUGGCCAUCAACGGCCUGUACGUCCUUUGGGCGUUACUGCUGAGCUUCUGGACCUUCUUCGAACCGAUGCCCGAGGGCCAUGCCUUAGUCCAGAUCAGCUUGAAAGAUGCAGCUGUGGAGGUCUGGGAGGAAUCGGUGGAAGUGCGAUGGUCCUAUCCCCGGAAAAAACAAACCGCACCGGUGCCGGACGAGUUCAUUUGUGCGGUGCAGCCUUUGGGCGAGCCGCAGCCGAGCCUUGUGAGGCGUGUCCGUCACGAUGGCUCAGACCUCUCCUGCACCUUUGGAGCAUUACAGCCGGACUAUCCCUACUCUGUGCUGCUGGCGCCAGCGCAUCGUGGGGUGCUCUUAGGAAGGCCGCUGCGCAUCGCAUGCCGCACGCUACCACGGGCCCUGCCCCUGGAGCCGGAAAGCCUGUGCUUAAGGAGAUGUGGACCAAGCUGGGCGGAAAUCUCCUGGACAGGCGCACAGGGCACGGCGGCUGCACCUCCUAUGGAUCUCCUUUUGGAGCUCAGUGGUGAUGGAUUGACGCGCAGCGAAUUGGCGCCAGGGCCGGUGCAUCGUCUUUGGGGUUUGAAGCCCCAGACCGAGUACCAAGUGGGACUGAAGCUUCCGCACGAUCCACGUGAGCCUGCCUUGAGGUUAUCCUUCGUCACCGCCUUGGAGGAAGAUGAAGCGGUUUCUGGCGUGAUGACCUCGCUCACGACGCUGCGGAAGGAUCUGGCAGAGAUCAAACGGACCGUCUGCUCGCUGGACGCCAACGCGGCGAACGCGGAGGUGGUGCGGCAGCUGGGCACGUUGCAGGAGCGCUGGGCUGGGUUGCAGGUCUCCUGCUUGACUGGAGAAGUCCAGAAACUUGUGGAGUCCAACGAGGAGUUGAAGAAGGACCUGUCAGAGCAGUUGAAGCCUGUGCUGGCCGAGCUGCGGGGCGUUCAAGAUGCGAAGCUUGGAGAUGGAUGGAGAUUGGGGAGGACUCGGAGACGAAAAACGGCGCGCCGCUUCCGCGCGCCGCCGCUUCCGCGCGCCACGCGUCUUCCGCGGGCGGUGGCCACCGAUGCGGGUGAAGGUAGCUUGGCAAUUCCCACAUUGGAAGCUGAAGCAGCCCAGAAGUUUCUGGCGUUUGAAUUCCAUCAGUGGGGGCACACAUCUUCCUUUGACGAGGAUGAGUUGCCCGAUGGUGACACCCUACGGAUCCUGGUGCUGACGGACACCCAUGUGAACCGAGAGGAACAUCUUUCUGUGCCCUGCAACAGCAUCGACGUCUACACCCCGAAACAUCGUGGAAAACACGGGGAUUUCCCUGAAAAUAGGCCGGUUUGGGACACCAAAAAGACACCUGACUCACAGGUGGGCUUCAACGAGAAGGACAAGGUUCGCAGCAAAGAUUCCAUCAACACGUUGGAGGACCGGUCUCCAACGGUUGCGACGGAGAGUUGGAGCUUUGAGCGUCCUCGCACGGCGCGAGCGGCGCGCGCGCGCGGCGCGGGCGACGCCGGUUGGCUCCCCCAAAUCGGUCGUUCUGCGCGCGCGGGGCAAACCACGCGGGCGCGAAGGGGCUGCCUCUAUCGGACCAUGGACCUGAUUCGGCAGUACACCAUGGGCUCUGGAGAGGCUGGACCGUUGGUGCUUCGGGGCGAUUACUUUGGCAGAGGUCGCCUUCGAGGCCCACCCAGACGCGACGAGAUGCGACCGACGAUGUGUUGGGCGCGAACAGUGGUGAGCGACCAGGCCUGCUUCGCCCGGGGCAGGGUGAACUACGAGGAUCCGAAUCUCAACGUGGAAUGCCCUUUGUGGUCGCCGGGCUUUGCAAUUACUUUGGCCGCCAUGAAGACUUGGAGGGUGGUGCAGUGGUGCCGACGUGGAGCAGUUGAGAACAUGGAAGCGCAGAUCGUCUGCAGCGACAUCACCACUUGUGGUCUACAUCUCAUAGACAUCGUGAUUCGGCCACUUCUGCUGACCAAGGGUCGGUCACAAGUGGCCAUCUACGGCCUGGGGAACAUCCGGGACGAGCGACUCCAUCGGGCCUUCCAGGCCCGCAAGGUCCGCUUCGAGGCGGAAGCGGAAACGGACACCACCACGGGAAGAAACCGGGAAACCAAGACUCCGGUGGACCCUGACAAGUGGUUCCACGUGAUGAUCCUCCACCAGAACAGGCAUAAAGGGAGCAAGAGCGGCAUUCCCAGCAAAUCGUCGGAGCGCCCGGAGCAGCCGUCAUCCGCCGCGAAGAAGGAGACGUUUGGGAGACAUAUUGAUGUGCUGGUCUUCAACUUCCCAAGAGGACAAGAGGUCAUCUGGGGCCAUGAGCAUGACUGCCAGGUCAAGCCGCAGGCGAUUCCGCGUUCCGCGACCUCGGCGGUGGUGGUGACCUUGGCGUUGGAGGUGGCCACCUCCCUCACGCCCGGGGAAGCUGGGCUGAAGCAUGCUGGGGGCCGUGACGACGUGUUCGCCUGCUGUGGAGUGCCGGUGUGGACGAUGGACCGUUGGUGGGUUUUCCAGGGCAUAGGCCCAAGGCGGUCCUCAGAGUGGCAUGGCAUCCCUGCCAGCGUGCUCGUCUUGGAAACACCACCGCAGCCGCUACGCAGUGAGAUGAAGCACAGCUACCUUGAGAAUCGUAUGAAGCUACCAGAUGUCUUGAAUAUUGAACUGCAUCGGACGCUGGCACUGGUCUUGGGUUGUUUGUUCUCCUGUGGAGUGUUCCUUUGGUAUGACAGGUAUGGAGCCCGCUCGGGCCCCAAAGAACAAAUUCACAGUAGCUCGCAGUUCGAUGUGGCGUUCAAAGCGAUCAUGGACGCGCAGGUGUCCGUCUCGCUCCAUCAGGCGAAGCCACCGCCCACACCCAGUAAGGCACCAGAGGUGCCCAGUCCUGCGGUGAGCUUCCAGCAAUGGCCGAGCCUCGAGUCCUGCGAGGAGUAUGUUGAGUCAUUGAGAGGGAAAUUUGCAAGAUAUGUGAUCCGCAAUCAAGUGCUUGAAAUAUGGCGACUCUUCGGGAAGGGUGAAGCUUCAGAGAUGGAAGGGCUGAGCGACUCUUAUUCCAAAAAGUACUUGGGAGAGAGGGCCUAUCUAGCAGCGGCGGGUGUGGUCGAUGAGGAGGAUUGUGAUGGCUGGCGCUUGUUUGGUGAAACUCAGCUCAUCAAGUCUGGGGGUCCAGAGCAUUGUUUGCCCAUCAAUUUCCGGGGUGUUUGCUCUAACAUGGCCCAAGCUCGCUCCCAGAUCAAGGCCUUUGAAAGUUGCCCCAUGAAUUCUCAUCAGGGCGCCUACAAAACUGGCGCCCAGGACAUGACCUGGUGCAAGCGAGCCUUUGCGAGCCGAGAAGGCACUGAAGAACCCGACGGAGUCAGCAACGACUAUGGAGUGUCUUGGCCUGGAGAUUGGUGGAGACUGGUCUUUCUGGAUGAGUGUGCGGUGAAUGGCAGCAGCUGCCAAGGGGUCAAUGGCCAUUGCUAUGAGGUGCCAUACCAGGCGUUCCGGAUCUGCUUGGGCGGCGCUCUGGACGGACGGCAGACGCGGGAUGGGCGGCAGUUCGAAUCCUUGGUGAUGCAUCUGAAGUCUCGGCAUCGCCUCUCCGUGCAUUUGAAGAUCGACACCGAAGGCGACCGGGUCGGGGCCGGUGUCCGCUUGGCCGUGGCGGUGCCUCAGGGGAACAUCGACGGUGUUCAGGAAGAAGGUCCACAUCCAAGAUUUUCUUCCGGAAUCCCCCGCCCAUCGGACCCCGCCUCCUUUCUUCUUCCUGUUCCGCGGACCGAUCUCGCAGGCAGCGAGUGGGAAGAGCUGGAAUGGCUCGUACAGUCCCCGGAGGCGAUGGAUAAGAUCCGCACCUUUGACAUGGAGGUUCACAUCGGUUGGCUCUCGGCGUCAGCCUCGAAGGAACGGAGGCACCUCACGCCCAAGGAACGAAUUGCCCGCGACAUCAGUACCUUGGAGGCCUUGGGCCGCUUCUUCCGCGUCACAGGCUCUUCCAUGGAGGUCUUGGCAGAGGAGUGGGUCCGCCGCGAGGAUGGUGGGCGUUGCCGGCCUAAGAGCUGCCAGGAGCCCGAGGCACAUACUGCUAGUGGCUUUCCGGUGAUCCAGUUCGCGAUCAGCUUUGUGCACCCUGAGAUGCUGAAGACAGGGCCAAAGCCAGCGCCUGUGUGGCCAGCGUUACCAGCUGCGAGCCCACAGGAAGCACAACAGAUCUCAUGGCCCUGUGUGAGGGCUCACAAGACCCGCUCUAGACCCGGAUUGCCCUGCUUGCCAAGCUUGCGGCCUUGGCCCUACGCCACCUCCUCCCGCGCCCGCGAUGCAACACGUGUGGCGCUGGGGGAGCGUGUCGUGAAGGCUCUACGAGGAGCCAUGGAGGAGGACUGCAGAUUAGAGAUGGACGCCAUGACCUGGUGCUCAAAGGCUUCAGAUCUCGAGCCUCAGAAGCACCACCAGGGCCUCUCUGUGGGCACGCAGGCUGCGCAGGCUUCUGCGCAAGAUGCACAGCACGCGGCAUGGUGGGCGAAGAUGCAGGCUUUGAAGGUGGCGACAUUCCAUGUGGAAAGUCUGGAACAGCUACAGCAGAAGCUGCAAGAGCAGGAGCCAGCCUCCGUGUUCCUGCUGCUGGACGGAGCGAAGGCCUGGGAGAUUCUGGAGUGGCUCCUGAGCAACGAGAUCAUCAAAAUCCGCACCUUGGAACUCCACAUCAGCUUUGGGAGCAGUCCUGGCGCAGUGGAGCGACAGAUUGGUUUUCUGGAGGCCUUGGCCGAGCAAAUGAGGUGCACAGGCUCCACACUGGAAUCCUUUGCAGAGCAUUGGGCGGAGACGAAAGGAAAGACGUGCUCGGAGCAGUGCGAAGCACCAGAGAUCCACAGCUCGGGUGGGAUCCCCAUGACCAGUGUCAUCUCCGUCAGCUAUGUUCAUCGAGACGUUCUGGGUCUAUGAGAAAACGUGAGGAGGACGCACCGCUUCGGUCUUCGACCUGUUGGGACGCGGCAGACCGUAGCAGCAUGGCAGUGAGGCGACGUCGACACAGAAAGAGAGGUGGCUUCGGUGGCUUCACCGGCAUCUUCCACCGUCGUCCCCUGCGGGCAGACGACGCUGUGGAGCUGCCGGAGAUGGAGCACCGCCGAGAUCGAGAUCUGCUAUACGCGCGCGGAUCAAAG